AUCAUACGGAUAACAAGAAGUUGCAUACUGCUCUUAGGGAAGCUCUCACUGAUGAUGAAUUUGAAGAGCUCAAGGAGUCGAGUUUGGGAGUUUUCAUCAAGUUCAAGGAGCAGGGAUUUGGUUGGGCUUCAAGGCUGGUUCACUACAUGCUCUGUUUAAAGCUGGACAUUAAGAAGAAGUACGAGAUGUGGUCUCUCGUUGGUCCAGAACCUGUGAGGUUUUCACUGUUAGAGUUUGAAAACCUCACUGGUCUAAACUGCGAGUACAUCGAGGACCUUGAGACACCAAAAUGUGAAGUUACCAAAGAGAUGGUUUCUUUCUGGGGAUGAUGGGAGUUCAUCUGGAAGCUGGGCCAACUACUGAUCAGAUAAUAGCAGCACUGAAGAGAUGCGGGGAUUGGUCCACGGAAGAUCGCAAGCGGCUCGCGUACCUUUCCAUCUUCACUGGAUUCAUUGAAGGGAGAAAGUUUUCAACCGCUACACGAUCUACUCUGGCAAGGCUAGUGAUGGAUUUAGAACGGUUUGAGAAUUAUCCAUGGGGGAGAGUCGCGUUUAAGGUGCUGAUGGACUCUUUGUGGAACAAAGAGAUUACUGGCUGUUACACCGUGGAUGAGUUUAUACAAGUUCUUCAGGUCUGGGCGUACACAUCUAUUCCGGGAAUGGGUGCUAGUAUUGGUAGUCCCAGAGCAAACAGUCCGUCUCCACCGAUUCUGGCUUACGAGGGCAGCAGAGGCCGCAGAUUCAUGAAAGCUGCUAUCUUGAGUCAGACCCGCGUGAUCAACUUUGUUGAGAAGGACAUUAGUGAAAUGUGGCCAAAAUGGGACUCUGAGGUUGAGGACGUGCCCGCGAAGAACAUCAUUAAAGUCAUGUAUGAUCGGAGACCGUGGAAGUGGACCAUGGAUUGCUGGGAAGUCACUGGUACAAAACCUAAGUUUGUGACUCCAUCGAAAAGAGCCAAAGAGAUGGUUGUGGUGGAGGUGGAGGAGGAGGAGGAAGACAAUCAGAGACCUCAGAAGAAAGGAAACAAACCGUACAUAAGGAUUUGA